AUGUUGGCAGCAUUGGCUUUUGUACCGCUACACAAUGUAGUAAAAGCAUUUGAAGAACUUGUUGACUAUUUACCUGAAUCUAUUUUGCCAGUAGUAGAUUAUUUUGAAGAUAAUUUUAUCGGGAGGCCUAUGAGACGGACAAGACGAACGCCAAAAUUUCAACCAAAAUUGUGGAAUCUCUACGAAGAUUUGAACCAUCGGAACAUGGACUAG